UGUAAGUGAUUCAAGAUAGUAAUAAAAUAACCGAAUCACAUAACUCACAUGAAAUAUUUUUUACUAUCAAUAAGACAACAAACAUCUGAUGAUUUCUGAAAAUAUCCUAGUGAUAUGAAAAGUAACCAUAAGAAUAAAUGAGGUGGAUGAUCUACUUUUUUAUGUAAUUUGAACAAAAAAUUUGCAAUUAUUGAAAUAUUGCCACAAUACGUCUACUAUGAAAUCUGUCAAAUGUAUAUCCAGAUGUUUUCUGAUAUUUUUUUAUUAACUAAAAUUUUCUCUGUUGUCAGUGAUAUUUUAUCUGCAGAACCUCAAAUGCAAUCAUUCUUGUCAUUUACUCUAACCUCAAGAUUUUAACAUAAGAUUUUACGUUAUCUUUUGAAAAUUAGAUUUAAAAUAGUGAAAUUAUCACAAUGGCAGAAAUAUUACCGUCUGCAAUUGAACAAGAACUAUUGGGAAUUAAGCAUUUAUUAUGGGGAAAUGAGGUCAAGCCAGAUAUAUUCAAAAGAUGGUCCCAGGGAUUCUACUUCAGCGAAAGCGAACCAAGUGCUCUAGAACAAAUAAGUGGUGGACCAUGUGCGAUACUAGCACCCGUUCAGGCAUUUAUUUUAAAGAAUUUCUUGCUAGAAUACAAAGAUUUAUCAUUUAGAGACAGGGUCAAUUCGGAAAUUAUAAGCAGUAAAUUAAUAGAUGCUUUAAUAGAGAUUUUAGAACAGUGUAAAACACAAAAAUAUCAUUUGGUAUACUUGAACAGUGAAGUGCUGCAUGGUAGCACAGAAGCAAAUGAAGCCAAUUGUGAUAUUCUGGAGAAAAAAGAUAAUGAUAGAUUUUUUUAUCAUAGCAUAACGACUCCCUUUGAUUUUCAUGAUAGAUUGAAAGUGGUUGUAUAUGAAAGAAUUGAAGAUGUGAGAAAGUAUUUUAUAGAGAAUAUUGGCAGUAUUAAAUCUCAAUAUGGAGUACUCUUAUUCCUUUAUUCUGUGAUACAUACAAAGGGCUUAGAGCAAGUCAAAAUAGAGUCAGAAACUUCAGAACCAUUAAUUGAUGAAACUUAUGGUUAUGGUAGUCAAAGCCUCAUCAAUCUAAUGAUAACAGGAAGAGCUACCACUUAUGUUUGGGACCAUGAACAGGAUGUAGGAGGCUUGAGGCUAAAAGGGAUUGCUGAACAAAGUGCAAUAGGCUUCAUAACAGUGAUGGAACAUCUACGUUUUUGCACUGUCGGUUCCUUUUAUAAGAAUCCUAAAAAUCCAGUGUGGGUGAUUGGAUCGGACACACAUCUUACAGUUAUAUUUAGUGAUGAAUUCAAAUUGGUUAGUCCAGAGACAAAGAGUGAAGAGGCAAGAAGAGUUUUCAAGAGUUAUGAUCCAGAUGGCAACAAUUUCAUAAAUUCAAAUUUACUAGGAAAUGUUUUAGAGACAUUAGGACUUUGUAGUGAUAAAGAAUAUGUAGAUCUUAUGAAAAGGAAAUUGGACUCAGAAAGUCUGGGGAUCAUCUUGCUAAAUGCUUUUAUGGAAGAAUUCUUCCCAAAAGAAGAAUCGUCUGUACCUGACAUGUUCAGAUUGAUACAUUAUAAUGGAUUAUCCAGUAGUAAUAUAAAUAGUGAGGUACAGUAUCACGUCGGUUCUGCCAUUUUAUUAGAGAUGGAUAUAAAAUCAAUUUGUGACUCGAAUCCCAUUCUAACUGCGCUUCAGACUAAGUGGCCUAACAUCGAGGUAAACUGGGAUAAAAAUAUGUUGCCUUCCUUAAAUUGAUUCCAUAAAUAACGUUUUACCAUACUAUGUUCGUUAUGAGUAUGCAUCUUUUCUUUUGUGUAUGCAUUUAUACAUGAUGUAGAUUUUAUAAAACGAGUGUGUUGAAAAUAUGACGCUGAUUAUUAUGUUAUGUUAUUUCUUUUGAAAAAUAAAUUCAAAGUUAUUGAA